UUCAGACUUUGGUCUCACUUCUCUUGGUGCCUUUGGAUCAAGAUGUUGAGCCCAGGGAUAGAUAUCAACAUUUUGGACUCUGAGGAUGAGAGCAUCACAUCUUCAGAGGAUGAACGAGAUAUUCAGGUUGAGAUUUUGGAGAAGCAACGAGAUGAAGCCAACCAGAGACUGUCUAAAAUGGAAGAAGCCUCCUCUCAGCUGUUGAAGGAGAUAGACGUGCUGGAGAUGCAGUUUGAGAUUGAACGCUCUUGUAGAGAGAGUGCCGAGGCUUUUGCUUUAAAGGUGACAAAAGAGAACAAAGUCUUAAAGAGAAGAAGCCAGGCCCUCCUGCCCCUGAUCCCAGAGCUGCCUGAAAAGCUUGCUGCUCUGAAUGCUGACCUGGAAGACGACCCUGGCUCUGACCUCAGCACUUCAGCAGAAACUGAAGAAGAUCCCCUAGUCAAAAGUCAGGCCCAGAUCAGAGAGCUACAGUCCUCAGUGGAUCAGCUUUUGGGUGAGAAGAUGCAACUGUGCGAGCAGAUAGAGGUCUUGAAAAAAGAGAAGGAGGAACUGAAAGAACAGCUUGCAGCAGAGGUCGAGGAGAAGGAGGCCAUUCUACGGAAAUUAGCUAAGCAGAGUCGAACGGUGAACAAGAUGAAAAGGGUGUCCCAACUUGUCACAGAAGAAUUUGCAGAAAUGUCCCAGAAGCUGGAAAUAGAGCAGGGGCUCAGGCACCAUGCUGAGAUUUUUGCACACCAGGUUUUGGUGAAGCAGAGGGAGAGCCACAGGCAGAGCAUGGCCAUUGUGCAGACUUCCGAGACGGAUGCACAGCUCAAGCAGGCCCUGGAGCAGGUGGCUCAAAUCAGCAAAGCACUGGAGGAGAUACGGCUCCAUCACCAACAACAGAGGAGUCAGUCUCAGUCAGCUAUGGAGGAGUUCAGUGCUCUCUCUGAGCUGCAGGUGAUCAGAGCCCAGUUGGAGACCAGCGAGAAAGAGCGGAUAAAGAUGGAGAAUCAGCUGAGAGAUUCACAAAGAACCGUGACAGCACUGCAGGAGGAAUUGAAGCAGCUUCAGGAUGGGGUGAAAGAGGCUCCUCCCCUUGAAUCUGCCCAGUCAAAUGUGGGCAAUGCUUCUCAGGCUCCUCCCCAUCCUCCCCCUCCUCGUCCACCACCACCUCCCCCUCCUCCUCCACCACCACCUCCCCCUCCUGUCCUCUCUACACCACCUACGGACCCACUGGAUGCUUUGAGAAACAGAAAGAAAGGUGGAAGCACUGCAACUGAUUCUAAGAAGCCUGUGCUGUCGAUGGAAGUGAAAGCCAGAGCAGUGGAUGAAAUGAUGGAGAGAAUUAAGAAAGGGAUCAUUCUGAAGCCCACCCAGAAGCCACCACAGGCUAGCUUAGAGGAGGAGACUGCAUGGAAGGACCAAAGAAGUGAGAAGAGGAAGUCUGCUGUGCUUGAGUUACAGGGAAUGCUGGAUUCCAUGAAGCGACCUGGUCACAGAAGGGUGAUGUCCAGGAAACGGAUUAGUCGUAAUGUUGGGGAGGCGGAGCUUCAGCUUGUCUUGCAAAGAAGAAGGCGGGCUAUGGGGGACGAGAAAGGGGCUCCUCCCUCCACCACACCAAAAACCCAAGAUCCACCUCCUGCAGCCCCAGCCUCGAGCUCGUCUCCCUGGCAAGCAGAAGGUGGCACUGCCCCAGUCCUCCGGAGACUGAAGCAGAACCAGGAGAAGAGGAGCUCACGCAUUAGAGCAUCAGAGUGCAUCCUCUGGGAGGACAACUGAAGAUGAAAGAGUGUCUCUCUGCAGUAAUCAAAGUGUAAUUUUGUUUAAAGCAGGCAGUUAAAGGACCCAACCACUGUAAUACUGAAAAUACAGAUGCAAGGUGUCAUGUUCUAUGUUGAAGGUGAAUUGUGCUUAAUGUGGCACAAAAAAGUGUCAAAUAUGGGGUUCAGCUGCACUGGCCUACAGAAAAGUUCUGUCUGAAAGUACAACAAAAAUCUAUAUUUCUGAUUCCAGUCGAUAGCAAAUUUGAAAUAAAUUGGGAUGUGAAGCUGUA